AUGAGUGAUAUGUCGCCUACGUCUAUACCCACACCAGAGGCACAUAUAGAUGAUUUUCACUUGCCUGGGUCAGAAAUGGAACAGUCGGACCAGGUGGCACCACAAGGGCAAAGUGUACAAGAAGCGGCAGAACAUGAUAAUGGCGAAGAAGCACCACAGGAGACGAUGGCAGUUGACCGAGAAUUGCUAAUUAAAAGACUUCAAGACACACCUAUUGAGAAGUUGCGAGAUAUCAUUACUAAUCAAAUAGACUUGGAGAUACGGUUAAAGCACAAAGAGUUGACACUCACGAAAGAAGAAAUAGGCAAAUGUGAAUCACAAAUGAUUACACUACGUAAGUUUUUCGAGGUUCCAUCACUGGCAAGCUUAGAGAAUGAGCCUAACGAUUUCACGGUGAAGUAUUAUAACUUGCUCAGUAAAUCGUUAUCAGCUAAUUAUUCUAAUCUUUCUGGAAUACCAGAUUCACAUACUCCGAAGGCAUCUAUGCUGGAAGAAGGGUACGUAGGUGAACCCAAAUAUUCAUACAGAACUCGUUCUACUACAUCUUCAUUGAGGCCAAGUACAUCAAUAAGCAAGCCAUCGUCCAGUUUGGGGUGUUUAUACAGAAGAACAGACGGGGUGAUUGUAAAGCUCACAUGUCCAGAUUGCAACCGAAGCAAUUUUUCUUCGGCACAAGGGUUCUUGAACCACAGCAGGAUAGCCCAUUCCAAGGAAUAUACAUCGCAAGAUGGGGCAGCGUUGAAAUGUGGUGAAAUAUUACCUGAAGCCGAGCAGGACGAGGAGGGGUUAAGCAGCUUGCAAAAUUUAAAACUGAAAAACUUGGACCCCAGCAAAAAUUUGAAUGUGAACGAAAUCUACUUCGACGGCUUGAGUAACACGUUGAAUACGGUACAUCGUGUAAGCAUAGACAAAAGCAUCUCACCUUUCGACCAAGCCGAUUUGUCAGGACCCUCAUCAUCAUCCCAAACCAAAAAAGAAGAGAGCGAAUUGAUGAAAAAAAUGAUCAAAAAUGGCGUGGCGCAGGAUGAGUCAGAGUAUGCUACUUUGAUCCACGACGCCACCGACAAAGUCAAUAACCCUCAUCUCUUUGAUGACGAAGAGGAGGGCGAGCAGGAUGACCAACAGGAACCAGCGCCUACAGUACAGAAACAUCAACGGGGCCACAAACAGAACAAAAACCAAAGAUACCAAAAUCAAGACUCAAACGGCCAACAUGAAUUAUCGAAUCUGGCAUCUUCUACAAAUACAUCUGAACACAAGCACCCCCCACUAGAUCCUUUAGAUCCUAAAUCUACCAUCAAACGCAGAAAGUCGAGAGGUGGCGUUGGUGUGAGCGUAGGGGUUCCUUCUGAAGUUUCUGACACUCCCGUGGAAGAACCCUUACCUAAAAUUAAACUAAAGUUACGAAACAUAUCCCAUGAAAAGUCGAAGGACUCUAAACGAAGAAGCAAGUAG